UUCCCGGCGGGUGGAUAGAGACGCCCGCAGAUUUUAGUCGCGCACAGUCGUACAUUGGUACUCGAGGAGACGAGAAUGCACACCCGAGCCCAGCAGCGAGUGCCCCAGCGACACGAAACGCUUGACGGAGGAGCGAGAAAAGGCAAUGUCGAAAGAGACGAAGAAGAAGAACUUCACUCUGCCGUUCCACAAGCAGGUAAUCGCCUGCACAUCCCGUCAGGCAAAAGUCAUGCUUGGUGAUCCGCAAUCAUUGUUUGGUAAAUGGGGCGGUGUUCUCUUCCAAGCUCUCAUUAUUGGCUCACUUUUCUACGACUUGCCCAAGACCGCAGCCGGAGUGUUCCCCCGUGGCGGUGUCUUGUUUUAUACGUUGCUUUUGAACGCGCUGCUCGCCCUUGCAGAGUUGACGUCGACUUUCGAAUCACGACCGGUUCAUCUCAAACACAAAAGCUUCUCAUUCUACCGACCUUCCGCUUAUGCUAUUGCUCAAGUGUUGAUCGACAUCCCACAGGUAUUGGUCCAGGUGUUUAUCUUUGACAUUGUCGUAUAUUUUAUGGCGGGUCUCCAGCGCACCGCUUCCCAGUUCUUCAUCUCGUUGCUGUUCUUGUGGAUCAUAACCAUGACGAUGUACUCAUUCUUCUGAGCGAUUGGUUCCUUGGUAGGCUCGCUGGACGUGGCAACGAGAAUCACAGGUGUAGCGAUCCAGGCUCUGGUUGUCUAUACCGGAUACCUCAUACCACCAAGCAAAAUGCAUGCGUGGUUUUCUUGGAUUCGAUGCGCCAACCCUGUUCAAUACGGCUUUGAAGCG